CUGCCCGACACAGUUGAUCAUUUGCAUAGAGGUCAUCGAAAUUACGCAGCUUUAUCACAGCAUCUGAGCAAACGAUUAACAUCCGUUUCAUGCCUAUAUAUAAAGACGAGGACUUCCUCGACUCACCACAGAACCUCUUCGCCGUUGUUCAAGAUUUAUUGUUGUCGACCAUGAAGUACAUCUUCUUUAUUGCCCUGAGUGUUGUAGCAGCCGGUGCUCACAUCUGCUCACCUAAUGCCUGCAAAUAUUUUGAAUGUCUACCUGUAGAAAAUUGUGUAGAUGGUGAAAUAGGAAAAGGAUUUUGUGGAUGUUGUGAUAUUUGCAUAAAACAUUUGAAGGAAGGUGAUCCCUGCUUUCUCGGAGAUAUGUUUGGAAGCCUAGUCACCAGCAAGUGUGGUCUUAAUCUUGUCUGCAGCAGACGUUCCAGAACUUGCAUCAAACCAUUGAAUUGUACACAACUGAAAUCGGAGACUGAGGGCAAGAAUUUGCUCGGAGCAUUUAUUCCUCGAUGUGAAACUGAUGGAACUUUCUCUGCUGUCCAGUGUCAUGGAUCAGUGUGUUACUGUGCACACACAGAUGGUACUCGUAUCCCAGGAUUCCAGUCUGCCAUUCAUAAUAUCCAAGGAAUGAAUUGCAACUGUGCCCGCCAUAAGUUCGCAUAUGGAAAGACUGGCUUGAUUGGCAAACUGUUCCACUGUGAAUCCAACGGUAAUUACAACAAAAUCCAAUGUACAGGAAGUGCAUGCUAUUGUGUUGACGAGGUUGGCAAACUAGUUGGUGAAUCAGUUCAUGUUAGCCAGAGAAAAUCUAUGACCUGCUAGAGAGAGACUCUGGUAAAGAUCUCUACUUGAGAGAAAUUCGAAUCAAAGCUUUAUAUUGAUGUCAAAAUAAACAAAAUUUGAAAGAUA